UGAACCGUGGGCAUGUUGUUGUAAUCGAUCCCUCGUCGUUGUCUCUCGCUCUUUUUUGUUGUUGUGUUGGGAAAUGUGAUGUGUGCACAGCAGGCCAAACGAUGCGAGUUUGUCCGUUCUAGUCUUCCCACCAACUCUCUCACUCACUUACUCACUCCUUUCUUUUCUGCAGAAGCUUCCUGUAAAGUACCGUACAGCUCCUUUAGAAGCUUGUACUACCACCGCACUUUACCAUGCCAAUGACAUCUCUCUUUCCCUCGCUCGAUCUCAACCGACAACAACACCUUGUGUGGGGUGCUCUCAGGUUUUUGUGUGAAGGCGAUGUGCGCCGUGGAACACGGUUGUUUGACACCGAGGAAGCGAAGACCCUCAUUAGCGUUAACCUUUUUUAAAACAAAUGACGUGUACAUAUUUUGAGCGAGAGUUCUGAAAGAGUUCUGAAAGAGCGAAUUUUUACUUCUUGUUCUUUGAAAACAUCAUCAUGUGUUGUUGCUUCAGUCGUCAUUCCGUUUUGGCGACCAUGUUGGUGAAGCAAUCGUCCACAAUGCCAAAUUUAAUUUUGUGUGGAGUUGACAGAGAAAGUGAGAAAGAUCUAGCUAGAGCAAGGAACAAGGUGGUUUAACUUGAAGGUUCAACCAAAGCAACAAGGGAUCAGCUAGUUGUAGCUAACUACGUUUCCAGGAAACUAGAGAGAUAUUGCAUCCAGUGAAGCGUGACCAUGAGCACUAGUAUGCAUGGUAGCAAUAGUCCUGAAGCCACCGAAGUGCUGCAAGUCCGCGUGAUGGAUUGGAUCACGGACUCUCCUUCGGAGCAACAAGCUCACAUUGAACGAAUGCAAGGAUUCUCGCAACGAAUUCGACACUUGGAAAUCCGCUUGACGGGAUGGACGCUGAAUCAGAAUCGACGACUGCACGUGGGCCUCAACACGGUCCCCACCAUUCUAGAAUCCAUCAUCAUGGCGCCUGAUCAUCAUUGGAAGCAGCAUGCCAGAGUGGAAGAAUUGACAAUUGAUCUGGAAUGCUUAUCGUCGUCGUCGUCUCAAUCUCAAACAACAAUAAUAAAACAAGCAUUGCGAACAUUUUGCAAUCUCAUCACGACGCCACACACUACGACUUGUGCGUAUGGAUGUUGCUCGACGUGCCUGCAAAAGUUGACCAUUUUGUGCUCGGGAGAAGAAGAUAUUUCCAGUCAUGCCUUGCGGUAUUUGGGAAGAUCCUUACGCAAUCUGAGCUCUGUCACGACCCUCCGGUUAUCGGGUAUGAAUCCGGACCAUUUAGCCAUUGUCCUCAACAGUAUGAAAGCGGAGCUCCAUUCGUGCCUGGAAGACUGUUUGCAAGUAACAUGUCACUCUUCAUGCUUGGAAGAUUGCUUGCAAGUGGCAACAUGUCCCUGUGGGUCCAAGAAUCAAGAUGACGAUAAUAAUGACGACCAAAACAACAAUAAUCAGCGACCUUGUCCACGGAUAUUGCCACCGAGUUGCUGCGAUCCCUACGAAGCAGUUCCCUAUACCAUGGAGGAAACGUCCGCCUUCGACGACGAACGCUUUCCCAAACAACUGGAACUGCAUCGAAUACGACUCUCCCACAAAGCCAUUGCCAAUCUUGUCUAUCUACUGGUGGAGGAAAGUCAAUCCUCCAUUACCAAGCUGGUCAUUCGAGAUUGUCUUUCUGCCACGGACGAUUUGGGUUUUUUGAUCUUUCUCGCCAAGGGACAUUCCGUCUUGCAAGAACUCACAUUGGACCGACAUCGGAUUCGGACCUUUUGGGGAGAAUCGGCAUGGUGGAAUCCCUGUACGCGAGUACCCAGUCCUUCGUUACUAAUGGGGCGAAGACAACGACUCCAUACCAUUCGUCUCUUGGACUGUCAGGGGGCACGCUUGGUACUGGAACAAAUUUCGGCGUCGUUGGUACCUAAUAAUGGCAAUCCAGGACUGCAACGACUGGUACUGCAGUACUCGUCCAUGGAAACCUGUUCCAUGACAAUUCAUGCACUGAAUGCGCUCUUUUUGGCCACGGUCAUUCGCAACCGUCCAUCCACAUUGCUCGAACUACAGGUGGUGGCCGCCAGUCCGCAUCCCGAAUCAUCCUAUCGAUUGCAUCAGUUGGCAGCCUUUUUGGGGCAUCCACUCUGUUCCCUACAGUCACUGAGUUUGCAUUUGGGCGCUAGUCCGUAUCAUCUGGAUACACUGGGGGAUCGACUCGGUGACAACAACUGCCUCCAAAGUUUGACACUGUCGGGAGAUGAUCCACUCGAUAGGACCAUGCUGGAGUGCUUCGUGUCCAUGUUGGACAGUGCACCCAAGCUUACAUCUUUAGAGUUGGACUUUUGUGAAAUGGAUAAUCGAGAUGACGAGGUACUGCAACUCUUUGAGGAGAAUACUACUUUGGAAGAGAUUCGAGUCCAAGGGGAUAGCAUCCGACACAGCAAUUCACUGGCAUUUAUGGGACUCCGCAAUCGAAUUCGCAAGAACAUGCUGGUGAGGCGGCCAGAAGCCGAUCAUUUGUGGAACGAUAUUCUGGGCAUUCUGCUGGAUUGGGAACAGCGACAAGAAGAAGAAAGUUUUGGUGGUGCGGACAGCAAGCGACGGUUGACGUCGAGAAAUCGCGGCUUGGUCUUUGCGUCGGGGGUGUGGUUUGCACUGACGGAAUGUCCCGUGCUGGUGGAGGACAUUGCAAAGAAGGGUCUCUGAAGUGGCGUUCUACCGUAGUACUGCUGAAGGUCCUCCUCCUCCACCAUGCCCGUGGGUGUUCAUUUGCACCUACACGCAUACUCUUGUUUUUCAUUGGAGUGUUCAUGUGGUGUGAAAAGUUUCUGGCUUGUUCGCCAGGAUGUGUAUAUUAUUGUUGACAAGGCUGUGUUGAACGGCCAAGUUCAAGCUCAUCAUGUAAUGUUAUCAUAAUGAAGGAAGCUGUGUUGUAUAAUGAAAUCAUGUAUUUAUAGUUGUGCAAGUUAUGCAAUG